AUGGGAUGCAUGAAAAAUCCCAAAUUCUCUAUAAUCAUUGAUGGAAGGCCACGAGGUCAUAUUCUUGCAUCUUGGGGCAUUAGACAAGGCGAUCCGUUGUCACCAUUCCUUUUCCCCUUAGUUAGUGAAGUGUUAGGGGCUCUUCUUGAUAAGCUUUAUGGAAAUGGUCUGUAUGAAGGUUUUGUGAUAGGAAAGGAGAAGAUUCAUGUUCCACUACUCCAAUUUGCGGAUGACACCCAUAUUUUUUGCAAAUAUGAUAACUGUAUGUUAUUGAAACUGAAAGAAGCCAUUGAACUAUUUGAAUGGUGCUCAGGACAGAAGGUGAAUUGGGAAAAAUCAGCCUUAAGUGGAAUCAAUAUAGAUGGGUUGGAUUUCUAA